AAAUCUCUCUGAGAACAUCGCCCUGGACCCCCGAUGCGGCUGCCUGAGCAACCUGGAGAGGGGAAGCCUGAGAAUGAGGAAAAGGGGGGCAGAGGAGCCCCCGGAGGGGGAGAGGAGCCGCGGAGGACCCGGGCCCCCGACUUCCCCACUUGGCAAAAGAUGCCUUUUCACCACGUGACCGCCGGCCUGUUGUACAAGGGGAAUUACCUCAACCGAUCUCUGUCUGCUGGCAGCGACAGCGAGCAACUGGCUAACAUCUCUGUGGAGGAGCUUGACGAGAUCCGAGAGGCCUUUCGGGUUCUGGACCGAGACGGCAAUGGCUUCAUCUCCAAGCAGGAGCUGGGAAUGGCCAUGCGCUCUUUGGGGUACAUGCCGAGUGAGGUGGAGCUGGCCAUCAUAAUGCAGCGCCUGGACAUGGACGGGGAUGGUCAGGUGGAUUUUGAUGAGUUCAUGACAAUUCUUGGCCCCAAACUGGUGUCUUCAGAAGGUCGCGAUGGUUUUCUUGGAAACACAAUAGACAGCAUAUUCUGGCAGUUCGACAUGCAGAGGAUAACUCUGGAAGAGCUUAAGCACAUCCUCUAUCACGCCUUCCGGGACCACUUAACGAUGAAGGACAUUGAGAACAUCAUCAUCAACGAGGAAGAGAGCCUGAAUGAGACCUCGGGGAACUGCCAGACGGAGUUUGAGGGCGUGCAUUCCCAGAAGCAGAACAGACAGACCUGCGUCCGGAAGAGCCUCAUCUGCGCCUUUGCCAUGGCCUUCAUCAUAAGCGUCAUGCUGAUCGCGGCCAACCAGAUCCUCCGGAGCGGCAUGGAGUAGCGGCCUCCCCAGCAGCUGCGUUCCUGGCUCACGCGCAUGUGCUUGCCCCGCGGGCAGACUCUUCCUCCACAAAAAAAGCAGAUCACGGACCGUGCAGACGCGGCACAGUCCAGCGAAGAACCCAGGGUUGCAGUGCAACCCGUGUUGUUGCAAACCCACUUCAUCCCCUUGGCAGGUACACAAAAGGGCUGUCUUCAAUGCUUUAAUGGUCUUGUUUCCUAAUGCAAUAAAUAGCCAGGA